UGUUGGUUUAACACCGUGCAAAAUUGGCGCCUUGUCCCUUUAAAAAGGGUUUGCAUGUCUGUCAAUCGAGCGAGUCAGAGUGGCCAGUAAUUCGCUGACUAAGACUUUCCUGUCGUGUUUUCUCACCAGCCUGUGAGGAAGCGAAAUAAAGAGGCUUUGUGGCAAACAUGAGUUUAUCUCUGGAAAUGGGGUGCACAACAGGAACUAGAAAACAGGAACUGGACAGAGGUGUCUGGACAGCAGCUAUUAUAGUAGCCAUAGUGGGUCAGGAGACUGAGUCAGGGUGUGAGCUGGGAUCAUGUGCCGGACUCUGGGCUGGUCCCUCUGCUGCGGGCUGAUAAAAGACUGAGGUGGAGCUCAACCAGGACGCACAGCCCCGAACCCAAGAAUGUGUGGAAUGACCUUUGACCUGCUCUGCUUCUGAUCAGCAGCAACCAGCUGCAGCUGGGUGACCACAGCACAAACAGGUGAGGUUUCAACAGAGAGGUCUUCCUGCCAGUAGGUGGAGGAAGCGGAAGAUUACACAGUAUGGAGCUCAGACUGGUGUCCGUCCUGAUGGCGGCCAUCCCUGUGGCCUUCUGCUUCCCCACGGCUUUCCAAGACCUGGAGGGAGCCGCCAAGAACAGGACCUCCAUAAAGUUCUUGGCUGUGGGGGACUGGGGCGGGGUGCCGUACCCACCCUACAUCACUGCGGUGCAGAAGGCCACUGCCCGGGAAAUGAGUAGGAUAGCUGCGCAGAUGGGAACCGACUUUGUUCUGUCCCUUGGCGACAACUUCUACUACAGUGGCGUGGACAGUGUGGACUCCCCACGGUUUAAGGACACGUUUGAGAUGGUCUACACAGCGAAGUCUCUCCAGGUGCCUUGGUAUGUGCUGGCUGGGAAUCAUGACCACGCUGGGAACGUUAGAGCUCAGAUCGAGUACAGCAAGAAGUCUGACCGAUGGAGGUUUCCUGGCUACUACUACGAGCUGAACUUCCGCAUCCCGAGCACAAACAAGACCCUGACCAUCAUCAUGCUGGACACAGUGCUGCUGUGUGGGAACUCUCUGGACUACCUGGACGAGAAGCCGCGAGGGCCGCUGCGCGCUGUGGACGCCAACCGCCAGCUGACCUGGCUGCAGCAGCGGCUGGCUCAGAACAAAGCGGACUUCCUGCUGGUGGCCGGUCACUACCCGGUGUGGUCCGUGUCCGAACACGGUCCCACCGAGUGCCUCCUGCGAAGGCUUCGCCCCCUGCUGUUGAAGUACAAAGUCACCGCGUUCCUCUGUGGGCAUGACCACAACCUACAGUACAUUGAAGAGUUGGACGUGGGCUACAUUGUCAGCGGCGCUGGAAACUUCCUGGACCCCGACGUCCGACACUGGAACCGCGUUCCGAAAGACUCUGUGAAGUUCUUCACCGGUCAAGCGUCCACACUGGGCGGGUUUGUCCACGCCGAGGUCACAAAAGACAAGAUGAUAGUGACCUUCCUCCAGGCCAAAGGAACCUCCCUGUACCGCACCGUCCUCUCCCCGCGGGACAGAGAUGCUCUCUAACGCACCAGAUGCCCUCCAGAUAUGAAGCCUAGUCACCAAUCCAGUCUUAGCAAUGCCUGUUUUUAAACCCAGAUUUUAAAUUUGAUUUUGUGUCACAAGAAUAAAUAUGUCGUUUUUAAGUGUUCAGCAGCAACUUU